UGAAAUGAGAUGAUAAUUGUGUUUGAUCGCGUCCUCCGUCUUGGGCGGUGUGAACGAGGCGGCGGAGAAUGGAAAACGCCGAUGUAUUCUUGGGCUUACAGGACUUCCUCGAGCGCAUGCGGCAGCCCUCCGCCGCUGAAUUCGUCAAAGCAAUCAAAAGUUUUAUCGUUUCAUUUUCGAACAAUGCUCCUGAUCCCGAGAGGGACAGUGCCUUGGUUCAAGCGUUUCUUGCGAAAAUGGAAGCGGAUUUCAGGGCUCAUCCACUCUGGGCUGGUUGCUCUGAAGAGGAGCUCGAAAGUGCCGGUGAAGGGCUUGAGAAGUAUGUCAUGACAAAGUUGUUUGCUCGUGUAUUUGCUUCAGUUCCAGAUGAUGUAAAACUUGAUGACCAACUUUCCGAGAAGAUGGCUUUGAUUCAACAAUUUGUUCGACCUGAAAAUUUGGAUAUCAAGCCACCAUUUCAGAAUGAAUCAUCGUGGUUGCUCGCACAGAAAGAAUUACAGAAGAUCAACAUGUACAAAGCACCAAGGGACAAACUUGUGUGUAUUCUGAAUUGUUGCAGGGUUAUUAGCAACUUGCUGCUUAAUGCUUCGCUUGCUUCCAAAGAGAAUCCUCCGGGAGCUGAUGAAUUUCUUCCUGUGCUUAUUUAUGUAACCAUAAAGGCAAACCCUCCACAACUGCACUCAAAUCUACUGUACAUACAAAGGUUUAGGCAUCAAUCUCGAUUGGUUGCUGAAGCAGCAUAUUAUUUUACCAACAUGCUCUCUGCUGAGUCCUUCAUCUCAAACAUUGAUGCAAAAGCCAUUUCAAUGGAUGAAGCUGAGUUUGAUAGUAACAUGGAAUUUGCUCGUGCUAUGCUUUCAGGCAUUUCAGUUGAUACACAAGAUCCUGGUUCACCUUAUCAAAAUAAUGGACAGCAUCCGGUAGCAGAACCCACUAGGCACAAAAAUAAAGCUUUGAAUGAUAACAAGGACUCUGCACUACGAACUCCGUCAUCUGUUGCAAGAUCAGAAGGCAAGAAAGUUGCUUUUGCAGAUGAAUUACUGAUGACAAAAGUUCCAUCUCUCUCUGAUUUGGAGAAUAAAGGGGCAAAUAUGAUCCUGAAGGAGGACAAGUUGAAUGAAGUUUUCGGGGAGUUUCCAUAUUUGUUUGCUAGUGUAGGGGAUCUAACAGUAAGUGAUGUUGAAGACCUACUAAAUAAUUACAAACAACUUGUUUUCAAGUAUGUCUCUCUUUCUAAAGGAUUAGGUGUCUCUCCUACAUCUCAGCCGCCAGCCGCCCAAAAUAAUUCUGAAGACCGUGCUGAAACAACAAUAGAUUCUUCAGACGGUGGACCUCUAGAUGAGAAUAAUAAAUCAGAAGAAUCUAUUGAUAAAACAGAGGAUAGUUUGGAUAAAGUUUCACCAAUCGAGGAGCAAAAAAUUGAGCCUGGUUUGUCACAGGAUGAGCCAGCUGCUCCAGAGGGUGAUGCCCCGAUAAAGUAAUGAGAAAUAACUUCAACCGUUUUCUAUAGCACCACAUACCCCAUUUUUUCACCUUUUUUUUUGUCUGUAAAUCUAUAUGAUAUCCUUUGAGUGGUGGCUGCUCUCUUUCCUUGUGUCAGGGAUGGCCAUACCAUGACCAACAUGCCCUCUGUAACAUUGUUCUAAAGUAGAUUUUAGGGCUGCAACAAAUAGAAAUUGUACGUUUCGUUUUGUGAUGCAAAAAGAAUGCGAAGAUUUGAAUGUGGUUUUGUUUCAAAA